AGCUAGCUGAUAGCUAGCUAGCAAUUUAGAACAAAAUGCAUAUUUUUUCACCAGCCGAGAGGGUGCUUUAGGAGUCAAAUAAAUUUAUACGUUAAACGAUAGAUUCUAUAGUGAGAUUUUGCAACUCGCCGGAGAUUUUUGGGUCCUUUUAAUGACCCGCAAAUCCCGUUUUUUCCGGCCCCUGGAGCCACCGCGUUAGAACAAGAGAGCACCCGAGCUCCGUUUUCGGAUGUAAGAGGGGGAUCUAACGUUAUUUGUGGGAGUAACUAACCUACAAUAGACUGGUAUUUUAUCGGGAAUACUCAGCAGGCUGGACUGGACGCACCAGAUAACACCUUAAGGCCAAGAAUAAAGUGACAGUAUGGGGUUUUUGUAGAUCUCUCCACAUAAGUCUGCUCCCCACACAGCGACAGCUCCUCUACACAUCACUGUUCCUGUCCUGUCAUCAGAUCCUCCGUCACGGCCCCUUCACGACGCACCCUUUCUAGUUCUUCAGUGCCACUUGCUAAGAUGGAUUGGGCCACACCAGCUGCCAAACUGAAUCCCUACACCCGAGCCCGCAUGACUGAGGCCUGGCAGCAGCAUGCUGUUGCUCCACCUCCAGUCGUCCACACCAUUCCUCCAGUAACUGAGAGUGCAUUGGGCUGUGCCGUGUAUGGUAUCGUACUGCAGCCAGAUGCUACGUCUCUACAGCAGCAACAGCAGCAGCAACAGACCCAGCAUGGGCAGCACAGCCAGCAACACAGCGGGGGUCAGCAGCAUGCAGGUGGGCAACACAGUCAGCAGCAGCACACUACCCAGACCCAACAGACCUCCGUACAGGUGGGGACAGAGGGAGGACACAAGUGUGGGGCCUGUGGACAUGAUAUCUCCCACCUUGCUAACCCACAUGAGCACCAGUGCAUGGUGAGUCAGGACAGGUCAUUCCAGUGCACCCAGUGCAUGAAGAUUUUCCACCAGGCAACAGACUUGCUAGAACACCAGUGUGUUCAGGUGGAGCAAAAGCCAUUUGUGUGUGGGGUGUGUAAAAUGGGAUUCUCCCUACUCACUUCUCUAGCCCAGCACCACACAUCACAUAACAGCACCAACCCAAUGAAGUGUUCAAUAUGUGAGAAGACCUACCGACCCGGUUCUUCUGGCAAUGCCACACCAAACUCAAACAACCCCCAGCAACCUAGCAGUGAUGGGGCAUCAGCCAGCAGCAGUUCAUCCAUUCUCCCUUUUCCCUCAGCCCGAGACCGGCCGUACAAAUGCUCUGUUUGCCAGAAGGGCUUCAAACACCUGUCAGAACUCACACGGCAUGAGAGGGUGCACACAGGAGAGAAGCCCUUCAAAUGUGACACGUGUGACAAGGCCUUCAGCCAGUCCUCACAUCUACAGCACCAUCAGCGAACACACAGCAAUGAGCGCCCAUUCAAGUGCGCUGUUUGUGAAAAGAGUUUUAAGCACCGUUCCCACCUCGUGCGCCACAUGUAUGUGCACUCUGGUGAGCACUUGUUCAAAUGCAACUUAUGUGAGCUGCAUUUCAAAGAGUCAUCGGAGCUCCUUCACCACCCCUGCCACCCACAGGGUUCCCGCCCAUUUCGCUGUGCCACAUGUGGAAAGGGUUUCAAGCGGCCGUCCGACCUUCGCCAACAUGAGCGCACACAUUCUGAGGAGCGUCCCUUCCACUGUGAGGAGUGUCAGAUGAGCUUUAAACAGCAGUACGCACUUGUGCGCCACAGACGCACACACAAAGACCCUACUGACCGGCCGUUCAAAUGCAAUCUGUGCGACAAGGGUUUUAUGCAGCCCUCUCACCUCCUCUACCACCAGCACGUCCACGGCAUGGACAACCUGUUCAAGUGCACCUCAUGCCAGAAGGAGUUCAGCCAGUCAGGAGAGCUGCUCAGACACAAAUGUGGUGAGUCAUCCAACACCUCACCAGACAAGCCGUAUAAGUGUGAUGUUUGUGGCAAGGGCUACAAGAAGAGUUCCACGUUACAGCGUCAUCAAAACUCUCACUGCCAAGAAAAGCCCCUCAAGUGCUCGCUCUGUGACCGCCGCUUCCUGUCCUCUUCGGAAUUCGUCCAGCAUCGCUGCGACCCAUCGCGGGAAAAGCCACUGAAGUGUCCAGACUGUGAGAAACGUUUCAAAUACUCAUCUGACCUGAACCGACACCGGCGCGUACAUACAGGGGAAAAACCGUACAAAUGUGGCCACUGCAACAAGGGCUUCAAACAGCGCGAGCAUCUGACCAAACACCAGAGCACACACUCUAGAGAGGGCCAGUUCAAGUGUGUUUGGUGUGGCGAGCGUUUCAGUGACUUGGGCUCUUUGCAGGAUCACACGGUGCAGCACACAGCCGAUGGAGGGGGUUACCCUGUGCCCCAGUGCAUAUAAAUCUCUGGAGACUUUUUCCCCUAAACGGACAGUUCCCUAAACUCUGUGUCCUUUUGUGUAUACCAUGUAGGCUAUUUAUUCAGCCUAACAUUCAUUACAUUUUCAGGACAGCCUAGGCUAUUACUAUUGCAUUCAUUUCCACCAGUGCAACAUCAGGUCCUUGUUGCUCUACUAACCUGUCCCAACCCACUCAUUCCUUGAAAUCCCGAGGAGCACUUUUUCUCUCCGUUCCUGAACCCCUUCCCUCCUUCUUUAUUCAAACCCACACUCAGACAGUUGAUACCAGUGAAGAGGCCACAACCAAUUAACUCCCAUCAGUCAUACUUACUGCCAGCCAAGUGCAACUUCUGCUGACAGAAUCAGGUGCCAUAAUGCAGGUUUCUCUAGAAAAUACUUCAGUCCUCCUUAAUUUCCUCCCCUUAGAGAGGAAAAAAAAAGUCUUGUCAUCGUCUUGCCAAUAUCAGACAACCAUUAUUUUUUUUAUUUUUUUUUGUGUGUGUGUGUGCGUGAGUUUUUCAAAUAGUUUGGCAGUAAGUAUGUUGUAAAGAGUAUCGAAUUAAUCAAUAGAGUUGAGUCUCCACCUAAACUGAUCAGGCCAGAAACUGUUGUGAUUGCUAGAGUAUCCACUGGAAGGGGAUCAUUCCUUUUGUUUUUUUCUUUCACCAUAUCUCCCUCUCUUUCUCCAAUAAGUCCUCUUCCCCUCCAUCAGUUUUCUUCUUGUCUUUUGCUCCCUGUCCCUGACUGGAAAGAUUGACUAACCCCUUAGACACACGUACACUCACAUUCGUUUUCCUUUGGUCAGGUGAAGGAUGACUAAGAUUCUUUUGGUUUUCAUUUUCCCUACAGUGAAACAGAAACAGUGUAUCAAACAGGGACUUUGGUCCCAACCUAACACCCUGCUUCCUCAUCACUGGGUUUUAGAAUUUUUACAUUUCUUAAUUCUGAAAUAGCCAGUAAUGUCUUCAACAUAUGUGAAGGGAAAAAGUAUGGGGGUAGUUUGGGGAUCUUUUGUCCUAUAGUGAAAUAAUUCUGAUGAUGAAAUGUAUUUCAGUGUAUAUGUAGGCCAUGAUUUUUAUGGCCGUUCCUGCUUCUACCAGAACACCAGUAUAAAGCAGCACCUGAUCCCAGUCGUGUAUAGACUAACCAACCAGCAGAAAUGAACUAUCAAUAAAACCCCUAAUGUUUGAUUCCAAUCUCACCCUCGGUUAUAGACAUAUAUAGAAAUAUAUAUUUCACACUAAUAUACUCGUCAUAUUCCUGCAGAAGUCAGUGCUGUUAGACUAAUGUGUACUGAAAAUGUCCACAUUUGAACAUUACACUUCCUCUCUCAGCCUGUACAUACUAUGGAUGUGUGAGUGUACUUAGCCAGAUUGUCUUUCUUAAAAAAUAUAUUGAAGAACUGUUUUUGUAUUCUUGAUACUUUUUACCAUGUGAAAUGUUUUGACAAAUGCUCUUUUGUUGUUUUUGUAGUCCAUUUAGUGAUUGUAUUGGCAUGUUGCAGGGAAUCUCAAAGAGCACCCUUCGUGUGUGUGAGUCUGAGUGUGUGAAUGUAAAUGGUAUUCUGUCAAACAGGGAAAUUCAGACUGAAGAGAAUUGUAUUAGAAAUGUUUCAACAGACCUGCGCCUUUUUUUUUUUGUUUUUUUAAUUUACUAACCUUACUGGUCUCUCUGAGAGCUGUUUUUUGCAGGAUGAAUCUGCACCUUGUGUUGAAUAUUUUCCAUGUUUUGAAAGAAAUAUUAAUACUGUUUCUUCUCAUUCAUGUUGCAUUGAGCUCGACGUUGUGUCUGUCAGGUUGGGUUUAUACCAGAGUGAAUGAUGCCUUCCUCUUCUUUGAAUGCUAUGAGAUUGUUAUGAAGCUUGGAACACCAGUUGGUUUACAUGUUGGCUGUGAUCGCCACUGUUCCUUUUUCUGUCCAUCUGGGGAGCUGUUCCCUCCUCUCUCACCUUCCUGUCUUUUACUGUUGAUUCAUGGUUUGAGUGCAGUAUUGAAAAGUAUUUAAUACAAACGGAGGAGGCCGAGGAGAUAGAAGUGACAUUUUUCAAAUUCUUGUUUUAAUUUUUCUUUGUUAGCCUUACGGUGGGGCCACAAUGCCCCUCUGCCACCUCCUCCUCCUCUUUUGCUUUCUGUCUCACUCCUUCGUCAUUAUCAUCAUGCGAGGUCAAAAUGGUUGGUCCCAUCAGCCAUCACAUUUUUACUUUUACUUUCUGAAAUCUGGCAUUAUGACUGUGAGAACAACUUAGACUUAAAGUUAAAAAGUACUGUAUGUUUUUCAUGGUUUCACAUCUGUUUAUAUAUUUUUUUAUUAAUAUUCUUUGAAUUGAUAUGAAUAUCUAUAUCCUUGGAGGGAGAGACCAGGGCCUUGGGGUAGGUUCGGUAUAAAGAUGGCUGUAUUUUUAUUAUUUUUUUUAACACAUUUGCCAGAGUUGCAUUCAGCUUUCACAAUGUAUAGUAGUAUCUAAGGCCAAAUCAUAGAAGAAAACAGUCUGUACACAAAGAUUUCUGUGGUGGUGUAAAACGUGAAUAAGUACUACAAAAAAUAUUUGCCAAGAACUACAAGUACUCAAGGACUUUGACUUGUUAAUUGGUGCUGGCACAUCAUCAGAUGUGCAUAAUAAAUAUAGACACUCCAGAAGUACCUCACAAACUGUUUAGUGCUGACAGUAGACUAUAAUAACCAUGUAAAAUAAUACAACAAGUGUACCUUCAAAGCCAAAGAAUUAUUCCAGCCCAGCAGCACUAGUAUAGUAGUUAGUAUUAGUGAUGGAGACUGUCUGGUAGUGUAUUUGUCCUGUGUGUUAUAGAUUAUACUUACAGUAAUGGUAACGGACCAAUCUGAGAAUGCAGUGAGGAAUACUGCAAAGUGAAAGGGAGCGCUGCACUUGAAAAAUGUCACAUCUCAAUCAGUUCUCGGUUAAAAAUCAAUCACAUAUCCAGCAAGCAGUCGGGGAAAGGAGAGGAAGCUCUCCUGUAUAAGCACAAAUUAAAUAAAUCUCCCCGUCUGCAUUGGUUUCAAUCGAAAAAGUGAGUUUAGGCACCAGUUUACCCACCGGCCAUCCUUCUCUUCUUUUCAGUUCCAGUAAGUGAACCCAUCAGACCCUGGUAUCUCUUGCUCUCUGCAUGCUUGCUGUGUUAGUUCCUGUGUUCUGUCCCUGGGAACUGGUGCCCCACCCCACCCCAUCACAGCACUGUUCCCUCCUAUAGCUUUUUCAAAUUGUACUGUAGUUUAUGUGAAUGAUGUUGGAAAAAAAAAAACCUUUAAAAUGAAAAAAAACUCUGUGGCGACGUACAGUACAUGUACAUUCAUGCUAGGAUUAUCUGUAUGUAUGUAGCAUUCAAUUACACA